AGCUGAAGCUCCUCUGGCCUGAUGUGCAGCUGGUGUGAAGAGAGAAGCUGGAGGCCUUCCCCUGUUUCAUCUGUACCUUUGGAAGGACUUCACUGAAUGCAGUGCACAGUGGGAAAAGCAGCUCCGUUUAGAUUGAAGAAUGCUACUACACUGAAGAAAAUCACACUCUGAAAUCUGUCCAUUGGACUGAAGCAGAUAGGAUGGGUUGGAAGAAAUACAGCUCACCACUGAGAUCCAUGGCCAAGAUUCCCAAACUGCUUUGGCGAAGAACUCUGAAGCAGCACCACCUGGUAUUUCACUGCUGCCAGUUUUGAAUGCAGGUUUCAGACAGUUCUGAAGUACUUGGAAAAUGAGUGUCCUUCUCAUUGAACCCUUUUAUGGUGGCUCCCACAAACAGCUGAUGGAUCUUCUCCAGGAAGAGCUGCAAGAAGAUUGUGUCCUCUGCACACUCCCAGCCAAGAAGUGGCAUUGGAAGGCACGGACUUCUGCUCUUUAUUUCAUGCAAACAGUGCCAACAAGUUCGAAUUACAGGAUCCUCUUUGCAAGCUCGGUGCUUAACCUGGCUGAACUCACCGCCCUCCGCCCUGACCUUGGCAAAUUGAAAAAGGUCCUCUACUUCCAUGAGAACCAAUUGGCAUAUCCUGUCCAGAAAUGCCAGGAAAGGGAUUUUCAGUAUGGAUACAACCAAAUUCUUUCAUGUUUGGUUGCUGAUGUUGUGGUGUUCAACUCUGCUUUUAACAUGGAAUCCUUUCUUAAAUCCAUUGGAAAAUUUAUGAAGCUGAUUCCUGACCACAGACCUAAGGAUUUGGAAAAAAUAAUCAGACCGAAGUGCCAAGUUCUUUAUUUUCCAGUCAGGUUUCCUGAUGUGAGCAGGUUCAUGCCAGAGCAUAAACUUGCCCGUUUGGAAAAGGUAAUUGGUGUUAAAAGGAAUGGAGAUGCUUAUCAGGAGGGGCUGCCUGGCCAGCAGGAGAGCAGAGCUGUAAUGAAAACCAGUGAUGCACAUCCUGAGUCUGGACUUUGUGAGCCCCAGCCUGGACUCUGCACCACACAGCACGAGGGGCUGCCCUGCCCACCAGCAGUCCCAGUCCAGGCUGAAGCACCAGAAAGUACAAAUCCUUGUCAAGGGGAAGAUAAGCAACGUCUGACUUUUAACCUCUCUAAUAUCUUGAGUGGACUGGACUAUCAGCAAAGACCUCUGCACAUUGCCUGGCCUCACAGGUGGGAACAUGACAAAGAUCCUGAAACUUUCUUUAAAGUCCUGAUGAAGCUGAAAGAGCAAGAUCUGCCUUUCCAUGUGUCUGUCCUUGGAGAGACUUUCAGUGAAAUUCCAGGAUGGAGGCUGUGCAUUGUGGCUGUUACCCACUGUGUCCCAAAGCCUUGGUUUACCCAGAGAUAUUCCCAGCUGAAUAUCUGUAUUCUACACCUGAACAGCUUUUUAAAAGGCUUCAGAAUUUCUGCAAGAGACCAGAUAUUGUAAGGAGACAUCUCUAUAAGGUAGUUGUUUGGAAUAGUUUUAGAUGAUAUAAUGCCAUAUUGAAGUACAAAGGGGAAAAAAAAAACCUUAAAAAAACAACAUUUAAUUAACAUACUAAUGUUUAAAGGAAACAUGCUAGGGAGGGAUAUUAGUCGUUACACUAACAAGGAUUAAUUAAACUAGAUGCCAGUUGUAUUAACCUAGGUCUUAUGAAAUACGUGCACUUAAUGCAUGCUACAUGUUUUUUUUAAUUUACUGUUUUCUAAAAUGACUGUCCUUUACAUUUGGACCCAAGAGGCUUAUAAAAAUGAACCUGGAUUAAUGCAACUCAUUAGUUUAAAAGGAAAAUAAAAGAAAGAUCCUACAAUUAUACUAAUGAGGAUAAGCCUAACUUCCUAUCCUAAUUUAAUCUUCAAAAAAAUGCAGGUGACAGGUAUCAGGUAAGAUUUCUUUGGCUUUGGGAAUGAUUUGAGUGAUUUUCAUAAUUACAAUUAUUUUAAUUAUUUGCUUUAUAAGGUGUGUUAAGCAUUAAAGUUUAUUGGGAGAAUAAUUUACUGGUAUUUGUCAUGUCCCCUUCUUUGCAAUCAUAUCUGUAGAGAAAAUGCAGGUUCAGUGGCAAACUCUCCAUUCAGGUUUUGCUCAAGUGUUCGAUGCUAGGCCAACUUUCAUAGUUUUAAAUGGUGUAUUUACACUGAUGGGAGUCACGCUUUUCUUUUUUUUUUUUUUUUUAAUUUGAAUGUAGAUGAAGCACUAAAUUUUACAUUAUUCCAACGAAGAGCCGUUACUACACGAAGCUGCUUUCAGAAGAAUAACUGCAGGUUUUUACACGCUGCUUCAUGCAUUUACAGCGGUUUUUGACUUUUACUGUCGUGGGCAGGUUGGAUGCACAUCACCCCUGCACGACAGAGGUGUUUCAGCUCGUGAAAACCCCUGAAUUCAGCUGAAAGUCCUUAAAGGCUUGGGGGUGCAUGGAAAUGCUCCUCGUGUUAACCCGUGCGACACAAAUGCGGUUCUUGGAGCGUUCCCUCCUCCGUCCAGCCUCACUGUUAAUGAGCAGGUCGAGUAAUCUCCUCCUUAAUUUGGAGUCUCAUGCUGCCAACAGACCCAGCCUCAUGCCUCCACCUCCCUCCCUUCCCCUGGGGACCAGAAGCUGUUGGGUCUUGCUGUGUUUCGUCUGCCUCUCUCCCCCUUCCUGCACACACAUAGCAAGAGCAGCAAGGACUUAGCCCACGCCUUGACUUUUUUUGUGACCUAAAAAUAGGCAUUUACAUAAUGAUACAUCAAAGAUGAUGUUGUUUCUGCAGGAAACAGUUAAACCUCAAGGAAAAAAAAAAAAAGAGAACCAAAAAUGCAAUUUAACACCCAAUUUCAAGCUCAUUAUCUUUCAUUGUCUAUUAACUUGGCAAUGGUUCAGAAGGUAGCUCAUAAUAGUUUAAAAUGCUGACUGAACACUUCCAGUGUUCAGCAUUACUUCUUGAGUCAAUAGUAUCGUAGAGUUAGGCAUGGGGGCUUCAAAGGGAAAGCAGUCCUUAAAUGUUUACCUUGGCAUUUCCCAAUGCUUCAAGCUCAGCUAAUGGUUGCAUUCACAUGGAUCUUCUCCCACAUGGUUCCCAGCUCCUGAACACAGAGCCAAGGCAUGCAAAAAAUACUGAUAUAAAAUAGUACAGGUUGAAAAUAUGUAUGCAAACCCUGUAGGCAAAAUGCUGAUUUACUUGAAGGAUUUUUAAAAUUUUUUAAGAAUUCCUUGGGAUGAUUAGUAGGCAGAAGCUGAAGGUCUUUUUCCUGCCCCUUAUACACGGGGUUUGCAGAUCUUCUAUCAGAGCCCAUCCUCUGCAACAGGUAGCAAUGGAGCUGAGUGGGGGAUUGUUUUAAAAUGAGGAAAGCAGAGCCUAAUCCAGCACCUGUGAGCACAAGAGGAAAUAUCCCUGUUGUCUUUAAUAGGCUUUGGAUCAUCUCAGAGAAUACUGUUAGAGUUGUCCUUUUGUGCCUACACCCACGUACACCUAGUCUUCCUUCACUGUGGACCAUCCACAAAAGCUCCUGGAAAAGGCUAGCUCAGAGCUGUGCUGUUAAGGUCAUUACAGCUGGAGUGAUGCUGCUUUGUAAGGAAGCUGAACAGAGUGAAUUCCUGAAAGCUACACAGCACUUGCACAGUAUUUUCACUUUUUUUCAGAUCACUAUAAUAUUAUCUCUGUUUUCUUGGGCUAGAAAAGGGAUUCCAGCACAAGAGUCAAUGUUAACCAGCUCCUUGUCUUUCAGAAACCAUCCUGCCAUAUUCUCUGCAUUGAGUUUAUCAAGUAUCUGUGACAUUUUGGAAGUAGAAAUGCUUUAAAAGCAAAUAGUGCUUUUCUCUGCUGGCUGGGGAUUCUCAACUCCACAAGUUGGGAAGUAAUCACCUUGGUUUAUCCUUUUACAUGUUGUUGGGAUUUUAUUACUCAGGAUAUCUAUAAUAAUUAGACAGUGGCUUAUUAAACAGGCAGUUUGUUCCUUCAGAUGUCCUCAGUACUUGUGCUAACAAAAUUAGUGGCAGAAAGGAGAUAAAUGGCAUCAGGGCAGUAGGCUUAGAGGCUGGACAUAGGGAACAUCCCUGUGAAAAUGCACAGACCAAGGCAUUAAACUGUAGUAGCUUAACUCCACAGAGCAGAUUCAUGCUGGCAGACUUUUAAAAAUGUCCAUAAUGUAAGCACCUAUGAAAAACUUUCCAGAUGAUGUAUUGCUCACCCUGAGUAUUCACACAGCACUCAGGGCUGGCUCAUCUGCAUUUCAGCCUUGCCUUCUGCCAGUUAUUAGCAGAAGACUGAGAUGAGAGGGAAGCAAAUCUCAUUUGUUAUCAAUUAUUUGUUCUGUUCCAGUUUCAUGGAAUCAAACUCUAGUUUUGGGUGAUUUUGGUUGCCAAGGUAAGCACAGGAAUGAAGCAAGUUAGAACAGCAGGGCAUUGGUCAGGGCACACCACAGGACCUGUUAGUGCCCUAUCUAGUAGAUUUAAAGUUAAAAUAAAUAAAAUAAAAUAAGGCAAAAUGUUUGCUUUUGCAUUAUUUUGUUAAAGUUUACCUUUUAGUUUCCUCACUUGAGUUUCUUAAUUUAAAACAGCAUGCAUAAAGAGUAUACAGUGGAAAGGGACAAGAAGAGUUGCCAAAAGCCAGGCAUGGAAGGAGCUGACAACUUUAAAUAAUCUCUCCCAGCCCUCCCAGCUGAAUGAGUGCUGGUUGACAUGCUGUCAGCUUCAGUUCCUACAGAAAAAUCCUACUCUCACUCAUGCUUGUUUAAUGGAGAAAAGAAUUUGGCCCACUUUCUGACAUUCAUCUUCUCAUUUCCAUCACACUACAGAAGCUCACCUGCCUAUGAAAAGACACAUGGCGUGAUUUUUUUCUUUCUGACACCACUGUAGAAGGAAGUCUGCUGAAUUCAAAGGGAUUAAACUGCUGUAAAAUCAAAUUAAGAUCCCAGUUAGACCAUAGACAUCUGAAUUGUUUCCAGUCUCAGGAUUUGGCUGUAUAGGGCAGUUCUAACAAAACUUCAUUUAUUUCUUUUCCUUUCCUUUUCUUUUUUCUCUGAUUUGAGAUAAAGCAGUAUCUUGGCUAUUUCAGAGAAAUGUGUAGAAAGGGAAAACUGCUCCUGGUCCAGAUUUCAUGUUUAGGCAAAGCUAGGGAAGCAUCAGGAGGCAUUCUCAAUGCAAUAAACUGGGCAUUGGGCACAUGAGGAUGCAGAAGAGCCAAUGCCAGGUGUCCCAUCAGACACUCAGCCCUGUUAUUCACAGUUCCUGUACCUAUGGCCAUGUGAGAGCCAGGGAUGGUGCCUCUGCCUUUAUCUUUACCCAAUCUCCAGCAAAACUCCAUUGGAAAUUCAUUUUUCCAUAAGCGACCUGGUCUAAUGGAAGGUGUCCUUGCCCACAGCAGGAGCUUGGAGCAAGAUGGUCUUUAAGGGCCUUUCCAACCCAAACCACCCCAGGAUUCUAUGAUUUGUUUAUGAUGGUGUUUAAAUAAUUUCCUUAAUUAGCUCAGGUUUUCCCCACCUUCAGUUGUGUUGAGUGUCUUCCCAUUCUGGAGUUGGUCGCCUGGAAGCAGGAGCUCCCUGUCCAUCUUUAUUGUACCAUCCAUUAUUUUAUAAACAUUUGUCCAACAUUUUCAGUAUCCCAGUCUUUUCAGUCUCUCCUUAUGAAUGUUAUUCCAUGUUUAUAUUCUAAUCUCUCAUCAUUCAAGCCGUUCUGAUGCUUGAGAGCUGUCUUUGUGCUGGUGUGAUCAUUGCUUUAGAGAAUUCCGGGCUGUGCCAUCAGUUUAUGUGAUGUGUAGUACUCUGAUAAUUCCCAACCUGUUCCUUAUGGAGCCAAUCCUACUGUUUACUUUUUAAUGGUGAAUGUAUAUUGAGCAGAUGUUUGCUUACAGUGUUCUCCAGAUCUUUUGUCCCGGGCUGAUAAAAUUAAUUCAGAGCUUUAUAGGGUAUGCAAAUAAUGCAAGUAUUUCCAUCCAUCCUGCUGGCUUUCUGCUCACUAGCAGAGCACAUUUGCAGAGUUAAAAAAGAAGGAAUUGUAUUGAAUUUCUGCUUUUACCUGGCCAGCAUUAGGUGCAGGUCAAAGGAGGUUAGAAACACAAAUAAGAAACCUGUAUUUGCCUCUUGAGCUGCUCAGUUUCCCAUGAACGUGAUUUAAAAUGGUUUCAGAGGUGGUUGAGAUCUGCUUCUCAGAGUCUGUGGGGGAAGGUUACAGGAACUCUGGAGUGCAGAGCUCUGUGUCCAUUCUCUCCCAUCUCUGUUCCAGUGCUUAGGCAUGUGAUCCUAAGGAAAAUAUGUAAAACAUAAGGAUUUUUUUAUGUGCAAGAAAACUUCAUUAGUUAUUUGGAGCACAGAAUCACAGACUGGUUAAGGAAGUGCCUCUGGACAUCACCAGCCCCACCCUCUGUUCAAAGCAGGGCCAGUUUCAAAGUAGGAUCUGACUUCAAACUUAGAUUUAGUUGCUCAGGAUCACAUCCAGGUUAGACUCAAAUCUUGACACUUUCCAUUCCCUGUGCAUGGCUGAUACAGUGAAAGCCCUGUCUAGCUUGAGAGUUUGCACAGGUGGGAUGGUGUGCUGGGCUGUGGAAAACAAUUUAAGCAUUUUGGGUCAACCUUUGGUCUUCAAGAAACUCUGGUAGAAGCAGGUCUACCUGGCUAACAUGGAUCCUCACUGUGGAAGAAAUGAGCUGGCAGGAAGGGAGUUGGAGUUGCCUAAUGUUGGGAUCCAGCCAUAGAAAAAUGGAUAUAUGUGCAGAUAUAUAUGUGUGUAGGUGGCCUGCACCUGAACUUCUCUCUGGGCUUGUCUUGCUCUUGGCUCUCUGAGGUAAAAUAUCCAGGAGACUCCAGCUCUAAUCACAGAAUUCUAAAAAUAUUUAGGCUGGGAAAGACCCUUGAGUCCAACCAUUAAUCCAACAUUUCCAUGAUCACCAUGUCCCCAGAUGUUGGUCUGUAGCUCACAGCAGUUGGCUGCACUUGCAGAGUAGGACUAAAGAAGUUAUAGGGGCAACUUUCAGCAUAAACACCAGGACUUGGAACUUUUUAUUCUGACAGUAUUAGAUAGCUUCCAGGAGAGUUUUAGAGAGCAAAUGAAAACUGGCAGAUGAGCCACAGCCACUUCAAAACAGUAGGUGGAGAAAUGGGUCAAAGGAAAUAGGAAGAAAAGUUGCAAAAAGCAUGAAAACUUUUUUUUUUUUUUUCCAGUACAGUUUAUUUAAAUUACCUUGGGGAAAAAAGCAGGAAACUGUUUUCCCACUGUUAUAGUCAGUCAGUGUGUUCUGAGCCAUCCUGUGCAAGGUACUGCAUAGAUUUGCAUUGAAAAUUUGAUGGGUUUUUUUUCUUAAAAGACAGCAAGAAAGAGGUGAGUUUUAAAAGGCCAGUGUAAGAAACUGCAGAACAGACCAGUUUGGUCAGGGAAAUACUGUUACUCUGCUGAGGUGUGUUAAAUAUUAAAUAGCUCUGCUUUCGGCCUCACAGUGCACACAAUUCAUGUAAAGCAAUGGUGGAUUCUGGUGCUGGUCUCCAAAAGUGCUCGGAGUUUGAAAAUUGAACUCCAAAAAUAAUUGCUGCAAACUGUUUUCCACCUUGAUUUUUCCCCCUUACUCACUUGCAGAGUGAAGGAGCUGGAUCACAGGGUAGAUUUGACCCAA